AUGAACUUUUGCAAACAUUGAUCUAACAUACCAAAGGAUUCUCUCUUGGAUCGAAAUUCUUGAAUUGCACUCAAGAAACUAUGCAAAACUUCUUGAGUUUGUUCAGUAGUAAGCAGCUCCUGUUCCAAGACCAAGAGAGGUUGAUCAGAAGAAGAUCAAUGUUCUCCUCCCUGUUCAAACAACUCGAAGAAGUUUUACAACCUAGGAUGAGUAAAUCAGGAAGAAGGAGACUCCUCGGUUUCUCAUGAAUUGAAUAAAAUGCCACCUAAAAUAGAACCUCGGAUGACCGAAAACUCCUCUGAAGAAAACGAGUUAUUUGUGAGAGUGCAUAAAGAUGUUUCAACAGCAAACAAAGUAGUCAAACCAAGGAGAAGACGGUCUUGGAAGCUUGAUAUAACAGACAGGCUACCUAUAAUUAAGAAAAUUAUUCUCAGUAAGCCUGUUGGCCCUUUCUUACGUUCAACCAAAAAGACAAGGUACACGACAGACAAAUAUCUUGGAAGGAGGUCCAAGUACAUUGGGGUUACUAAAAACAACGUUAACUGGCAGGCAUUGAUCAACGUCAACCAUGAGAAGAAAUACAUCGGUACUUUCUCUAAUGAAAUCGAAGCUGCCAAGACAUACGACUUAUAUGCAGUAGCAAUGCAGGGCAAAAGAGCCCGCCUCAAUUUCAGCUACACAAACCAGGAAAUGGUGAACAUGAUAGACCACUAUCUCGCUCACAAAAGCAUCAAAAUUAAUGAAGAUCUACAAUAACUUGCAUUCUCCAUCUAUAAACCCACUCUUCAUCAACUUUCUUCUUUAAAA